AUGAAUCAAUAUGGUUUUUUAACUACCCAUCCCUUUCUAUUCGGAACAAAUAUUUCGCUUACACAAACAACAAGACCUAAUUUUCUUAAUUUUCACAUCGAACUAUGCACCUAUUACGUUCAAAAGUUGCCACUACCCUCGACGUGUUCGCAGUACUGCUCAGUUCAAUCAGAUCGGCGUGUACAUCCGAAAAUUUUUAACAUAAAUUCACGAAAUAUAUUCAAUGUUGAAAAUCGUCAUUCUCGCAUAUGUAAAACAAAAUAUCUGAUUAUCAUGAGUGGAAAUCCAUGUGUAUCGGAUCACAACGAAACACUUCGUUCUGAUAUUUUGCACGAUAUUGAAGUAUAUGGUUAUCGUUAUGUGAUUCUCAUCAUAUGUAUAUUCGGUAUUGUAUGUAAUAUUCUGAAUUUAUGUGUUUUACUUCAACGUCGUCUGAAAGAAUCUCCGUAUACGUACUUAACUGGAUUAGCUGUUGCUGAUAUGCUGACAUUGAUUUCGAUAUCGCCAUUCUCGGUUGUUCGCGGCGACUACAUUCGUCACGACACGAUCUUUUUUGCUCUAACACGUUUUGAAGCACAGUUUUACAUGCCAUUAGCGAACUACUUUGGCCAAGUGAGCAUCAUGAUUACGUUAGCAUUGACUAUCGAACGUUAUCUAUUUACAACUUAUCCAUUACGUACGCGAAGUUUUUGUAAGCCACGCUAUGCGCGUAUUACUAUCACAAUUAUCCUACUAAUUUGCGCUUGUCUUAGUUUUCCUCGUUUUCUAUUUGAAACAGUCAAAUACGUCAUUGGUCCUAUCGGCUCAUUGAAUUCCUUAACAUGUACAACACAUCCGUUCAUAAUCAAAUAUUCUUCAACAAACACAAGUUACAUUGGUCAAUGUUUCUGCGUUGUUGGUUAUCCGCGAAAAACAUUUUUACCAUAUCAAAACGCGUAUUAUAUCAGUAUGUUCAUUCUCAAUCAAAUACUUCCGGCAAUGAUAUUACUCUUUCUAAAUUUCAAACUGAUACAACGUGUACAACAUUCGAAUCGUUACACUUUGAAUGAACUUGUUGCACGACAACAUAAUUCAAUCACGUCAGCCACACCAACCAUGCAUUCAAAUAAACAAAAACGUUUACGCGACGAACAUCGUUUAACUAAAACACUCGUUGCUGUCGUCGUAGUUUUUCUCAUCUGCAAUACGUUUACCAUCGUGUCAUAUCCGAAUUUAGUACGAGCGGUAACUGAAAAACACUAUCCAAAGUAUCUCUAUGUCGGAUUUCGUAUUCAAAAGCUAAUCACCAAUAUUAUGUUAUUAUUGAACUACUCGAUUAAUUUCUUUUUCUACUGCGCAUUCAACCAGAAAUUUCUCGAUACGCUUAAGAUGACAUUUCGUCAUCGAUUAUGUUUAUUCUUUCAAGAAAGUUUUGACAUGUCGCAUGAUAGUAUUAUUACACGACGAGCGCUAUGUAAUAGUACAAUAUCAUCAUCGGCAGCUUCGUCUUAUUAUGUUCAUUCGAAGAUUCAACGUUCGACGAGACAAUUUUCAAGUUCUGAUCAAGAAUCUCAACGUGUCAAACAACAUCAGCCAGAAAUAAUUGAUAUGAAAGCCUUAAACGAAAAAGAUGCAAGUCUUGAAAACUAA